AUUACCUGCGCAACUUGAUAUAGCAACAUUUAAAAGGAAAACCCAAAAAAAAAAAAAAGCUCGACUUUUCCCUGUGGGUAUUGGUGUAAGGAUUCCAAAUGUGGGAUCUUUGGGCAUAAUAAUAAAGGUUGUGGGAGGAAGAGGAGGGCCUCCGAGGGAUAAAGCCCUAGCAGCGAAGUGUUUCGGCCAUGGCAGAAACGGAGAAGCAGAUGACGAGGGGGAUUGAGGAGGAGAAUAGCGGGGGCGAGGAGGAGAGGCUCUUGGAGGAUGUGACGGUUGUGGAUUUCGACAUGCUUUGCUCCACCGUGGCCUUGCAGACUCAUGGCAAAUGGGGGAAGCUUGGUGGUGUUGGUGACGAAGAAGAGGUUACGGAGUCUGGUGGGGUCUUCAGGAUGUGGGAAGGUGAACUUCUCGAUUGCUUUGAAGACCGUCGAAUCGCCCUUGAAUCCACAUGUUGUCCUUGCUACCGAUUUGGGAAGAACGUGAACAGAGCUGGCUUUGCUUUUCCUUAUGUUCAGGGAAUAGCUUACUUUUUUCUGACAAGUGGUGUCAUUCUCAACUUGAUUGCUUUUAUUGCCACAAGCAAGCACUGUUUUCUCUACCUGGCAGUUUCCUUCGCUAUUACUACCGGAGCAUAUUCAGGCUUAUUCCGAACACGUAUACGAAAGAAAUUUAACAUCAAGGAUAGGGAUAGUUCCUUGGAUGAUUGCAUCUACCAUCUCAUUUGUCCUUGCUGUACAUUAUGUCAGGAAUCGAGAACACUGGAGAUGAACAAUGUUCAAGAUGGCACUUGGCAUGGUCGGGGUGACACGAUGUACAUAGGUGGCUUUAAUGAAGGGAGUAAAACACUCUUUGAUCUUCAUCCACCUCCUAUUGUCUCCAUGAUGUCUAAUGAUAGAACUGGCAAUGAAAAGAGUACAGAUGCAGGAGAUCAAUCUUGAAUCUGAAGACUUUCGGGGUCUUAUUGAUAAUUGCAGGCAUAACCACAUCAGCAAACAAUGCUAUCUGCUGGUUUGCUCUCUUGUUGCAUCGCCUCGGAUGGAGAACAAGAUUUGGUUUCUGAUAAGGGGGAAAAAAACCUGAAGUGCACUUUUUAGAGUUUGCUAUCAGUUUAAAAUUGAUCGAUGGCAAUACUUUACAAAUUUUACUUAAGGUUUGUCCUUCAAAUGAUCUCAUGAGAUUGGGAGUUUGAUCAUUUGUACAUAUGAUCUUUCAUUGUCUAGUGAAGGGGUUGUAUUUUUGCCAGCCCAAGGAGUUUGGACUAGUGUUCAGGUGGUCCUUGGUCAAGGAUGUCAUCUUCAUUGCGCUGUCAUUGUUCAAUGGAUUGAGUUUUUAUAAAUUA